CAGGCGUUCCACGUCUUCAAGAUCUACGUUGCCAACCCGAACAAGGGCGCCGCGGUGCACGACCUCCUCCUGCGCAACAAGGAGCGGCUGCAGGCCUUCCUUGCCGCGUUCCAAAACGACCGCGCCGACGAGCAGUUCGCGGAGGAGAAGCGUUUCGUCAUGGACGAGAUUGCGCGGCUAGAGCCGCGCUGA